AUUACAUUUCUGUCUUCAGAACUUCGCAAAAAGAUCCUCUCUCGGUUUCCGACGGGAGGCGAUGGCGGUGGAAAGUGGCGGAGGGGGUUUGUCGGAGUUGUACUCAAGCUCUAAGCGCUUAUCUAUUAAGAUCAGAGAUGAUUUGGAGAGGCUUGAACGCUUAGAAUACACAUCGUCGGCGUCGGCGUCGGCGUCUUCGCUCUCAUCAUCGAGCGCGGUUGUUGGAUCUUCCGAUGAUCAGGGGGCUGCAAUUCGAAGAGAUUUAAACCAGAUCCAGUCCAUUUGCGUUGAUAUGGAUCGACUCUGGCGUUCCAUCGCAUCCAAGCCGCAGCGUGAUCUCUGGAAAAGAAAAAUAGAACAAGUUAGCGAGGAGGCUGACUCAUUUAGAGCAAGUCUGGACAAAUACCAAUUAAGGCAACAGAAACGAAUACAAGAAGCACAAGAGAGAGCAGAAUUACUUGGAAGAGCUGUACUUUCCUUUUCUUGA